UAGGCUGAGCGUAGAGAUCGUGUAUGUGGUCAUGCUCUGUGUUGUUGCUUUCUGGCUGCACUUUUUAACGGGUAACGUUAAGUCUCUAUACGUAAUAUUUCGUGCAACUCUGGUCAUGUCCAACAUGAUGCACAAUAUAUGGAUGGCAAGAUCCAUUGAGGCAGCAGAGCGGCAGGUGUUGAACCAGAUGUAUCAACAUGAUAUGCUGAUUCCUUUAAAACAUCAAAAUCCUGCAAGACGGAGACGCUUGGUAAAGUUAACCCAAAUCUAUUUGAAGCGCUGCACUAAGAGGGAACAAACUCCUUCAAUAUACAACUACAUUCACAUCAGUCGAUCUCUUAAUGUGUUUAUCAUCAAUGUCGUAGUCAGCAAUGCGUUCUUAAUGAUUAUGUUCAGCAUAAAGUAUGAGCGUCGCUAUGAAAUAUUCUCCGAACAUCAUCAGCUGCACACUGCAAACGACUUAACACUCAAAAUAAUGCAUAACAUGGCCCAAUUGUGAUUCAUUCGCGCGAGCAUAAUUCAAUGAAUAUAUUUUUUGCUUAACAAUUAAUAAACUCAUUAAUUUAACCAAAUUGUAAUCGAUGGUCGUUGAGCAUUGUGUACGAAUAGCAAUUAACUAAGUCGAACGACUAAUAAUCCAACGUCAACGAAUCGUCACAUUCAGUGUUUACAAUGUCGUACUACCUCAAGGUUCUGCUGAAGCUGCUCAAUAUUCUGACCAAAA